UAAAAAUCAAAAUAAAUAUUUGUCAACGAUAGGGGGACCCUCAUUUCGUCAUGAGUUACAGUUUGACUAUUCAUUUUGAACUAAUAAAAGCGCAAUGUGCCGCAAAUUUAACCUCUUUUGCACUAAUAUCCUUGUAGAUUAUCAAGCUAUUAACGAUCUGGUUAUAGGGACUAUAUGUCUAAUCUACGCCAUUUACUCCCUUGAAGCUUCUAAAAAUAGCAGCUUUAUUCACAGGAGCUUCAAAUUCUUCCUUAUAGGACUCAGUCUUUCGAUGAUAAUGAAAAGCACUCUUUUGUUAUACGGAAUCAAAAAAGGUCACAAGAAGUGUAUUUUUGUCUAUUUAAUCCUAACUACGGUAGUUCUACUCAUAGCGAAAGGAUUCGUGAUCAAUGAAGGCAUUCAAAUGAAUAAAACCGUCAACGAAAUUUCUGAAAUUGAAGGGUUUAAAGAGUACAAAGAACCACUGCGGCACAACUUUGUCUUUGUUUAUGCUAUUUUCUUUCCUUUCAUUUUUGCCAUGAACUGGUUUAUUCAGUUUUAUGUGUAUUUGUUUUAUAGGAGUCUUCAUGUGGAGACUCACAAGGAAUCGUCAUCCGAAGGAAGCGAGGGCUUAAUUGAUAGUUCAAAUGUUUAAUUAAAAAUAGAACGAAAUAAAGAAAUAAAUAUUG